AUGUAAUAGUAAUUAGAAUAAAGUGUAAGAAGGUUAGGAGAUUAUUAAUUUGACUCAAAAUAUCUAUUAGGAGAAGGGGCUUUUGGGAAGGUUUAUAGAGGAAGUAAAUUGUCUACAAAUUAGGAAGUAGCUAUUAAAAAAAUAGAUAGCUCAAUGAUCAAUAAAGAUCAAUAUUUAAUUGAUGCAUUAAGUAUCUAUGUAGAAUGAAAAUGUUUUAGAUUUUGAGAUCCAAAUAAUGAAGUAACUUGAUCAUCCUAAUAUUGUGAAGUUUAUAGAUAAAUUUAAUACAGAUCGUUCAAUCUAUAUAGUCACAGAGUAUUGUGCAGAUGGAGAUCUGAGAAAUAUAAUGAAGGGAAGAUGUAUUCCUGAAUCUGAAGUUAAUUAGAUUUUCUGUUAAUUGGCUAGUGGAUUUAAAGAGUUGGUAAAGGCAAAUAUCAUACAUCGAGAUUUGAAGCCAGCAAAUAUUAUGAAUCAUAGAGGAGUAGUAAAGAUAGCAGAUUUUGGAUUUGCAAAAAUAGUUGAUAAUUUUAGUGGAGAUUUGUUAAGAACUUGUGUAGGUUCACCAUUAUAUAUGGCUCCUUAAAUAUUAAAGAGGGAAAAAUAUACAACAAAAUCAGAUAUAUGGUCAUUAGGUGUAAUUUAUUAUGAGAUGAUAUAUGGUAUGGCUCCAUGGACAGGUGUAGAUGAGAAAAGUUUAACUGUGAAUGUGAUGAAAUAGCCUUUAAGAUUUCCAGUUGGAACUAUUUUAUCUGAUUUUGGAAAAAACUUUUUGAGUAGAGCUUUGGAAAAGGAAGAGAGUAAAAGAAUGGAAUGGUCAGAAUUAUUUAAUAUGUUUGAAUCAAUAAAAAAGAAUUUAGAUACUAUUUAAUUUAAUGUAAAUAUGAAUGGUAGUUAUAUAUUGGAUUAACCUUAAAUAUAAUAAAAUUAACCUCAACAAAUAUAAUAAAGUGAUGCUUCUUUCCAAAGAUUUUAAAGUCAAUUGAAUAAUUAUAAUUUGUAAAGGAUGUAAAUCAUUUUUUCUCAUUUUGUUAAUGUGGAAAUGACUUAACAUAUAUCAACUAUUUCUUAACAUUAAAAGAAGGAGAUGUAUUUUGAAUUGCUUUGUUUAUUAUCAGCCAAAUUUAUAGCCAAUUCAUUUAAAUUACUAUAGUCCAAUAUCCUUUCAUUAUUUGAAUAAUAUAAAAAGACAACUGAAUAUAUAAGAUUUAUUAGUUAAAUGUAAUAGGAGAGUCAAUUGGCAUCUGAACUAUUUAAUAAUACAAUUUAGUAUUUUGAUAGAAUAGGAUUACUGUCUAAUCUUAGAUUAUCUGCUGAUUUUUGUUAAUUUAUAGAAGGAGGAGAUUUAGCAUUAAAUUAAUUAAUUUCAGUAGAAAAGAUAAUCAAAGAGAGAGUGAUAAACAUUUCUAAAUAAGUCUUGUAAAGUGUAAAAGAAAAUGAUGUCUUUUGUUUAUUAGAUUACAUGAUGGAGAUGUGUUUAACAAGAAGUAAAAUAAUGAAUGGAAAUACGAAUAUAGAUUUUUCAUUGAUAUAUGAAAAAAAGUAAACAUCAGAUUAUUAAGCCUAAUUAAAUUUUAAAUUAAAUGAGUUAUAUAGUUUUUGA